GCUGAUUUUUACCGGAAAACACGUCCAAGGCUUGGCUUUCCAAGUCUACUACGUACUGAAGCAGAAAAUAAAGAUGCCCCUGGUAUGAUUUAUAAAAACCAGUAAUAAUCUUGUUAACCUAAGCUAUCCGAAACAUCAUGUUCACCUUCACUUUCCAACUCUUUUCUUUCCUCCUCCUUUCUACCACUGCCACCGCUCAACCAUACAAAGCCACCGAAAUCCUCCUCCUAAACUGCGGUUCUUCCUCCAGUGCCAUAACUUCCGGGAGAAGAUGGGAUGGUGAUGAAAAUUCUAAAUUCGUACCCUCCAACAUCGGCACCACCUCCUUUUCAUCCCAACCUUCGGUCCAACAUCCUUCAGUCGAUCAAAUCCCUUACGCCACUGCUCGAAUCUUUAACAGUUUUUCAUUCACCUACAUGUUUCCUGUCUCCCAAGGCCCUAAAUUUCUCCGCCUCUAUUUCUAUCCUGCCACCUACUACGGCCUGAAAGCGGACGAAUCUUUCUUCUCAGUAUCAUCCAAUGGUUAUUCUCUCUUGACCAACUUCAGUGCUUCUCUAACAUCUUCCUUUCUCUCCAAACCAAGUUUUGUGAAAGAAUACAUCAUCUACGUAAAAGAUACCCAAAUCCUAAACGUUACUUUUACACCCUCACCCAACUCGUUUGCCUUCAUCAAUGGUAUUGAAAUUGUUUCUAUGCCGGAAAAGUUGUACUUCAAGAAUAAAAAGAUAAGGUUCGUGGGAACAUAUUUAGGCCCUGUUAUUGAUGACUACACGGGUCUUGAAAAUAUGUAUCGGCUAAACGUGGGCGGGGCACAAAUUUCAGGCAACGAUGAUACCGGUAUGUAUCGAUCAUGGGAUCCUGAUGGGUCUUACUUAUUUCAUUCUUUAAUGAUGGGACUUACGCCUGUUAGUCAAAUUCCGAUAACGUACACAACGGACACACCUAAUUAUACCGCGCCUAAGCUAAUUUAUCAAACCCAAAGGAGUAUGGGCAAUCACUCUGACCAAUAUAUUCGGACUUGGAGACUUCCUGUUGAUUCUGGGUUUUGGUACAUGCUCAGGCUCCAUUUUUGCAACCUUAUACCAAAAUACACUAUUAAAGGACAAAUGAUUUUCAAGCUCUUCAUUAAUAAUCGAACUGCUGAGGAUGAAGUUGAUGUGUUCUUCUGGACUCCAGGAACCGGGUAUCCUGUAUUCAAGGAUUAUGUUGUGUUUAUGAACGGCAUAGAUGGCUACGGAAGCAAGCGAGAUUUGUGGCUCUCAAUGCUUCCCAAUGACCAAUCUCAAGAAUAUCGUGAUGCCUAUUUGAAUGGUUUGGAAAUCUUCAAGUUGAACAUGACUGGUAAUCUUUCUAGCCCCAACCCGAUAUCUAGUUUUACAACACCACCAGAAAAGCCGACAUCUCCCAUUAAACUGAAAAAGAAGACAGCUCCAUAUGUCGUGAUAAUUGGAGGUGUUGGAGGAGGAAUAGUCUGGUUUUCUGUUCUUGUACUUAUAGUUUUAUGGUGGCGAAGUGGAGCCGUAGACAAGUCAUGGUGGGGCGCAACUUCCACUGAGUCAAACUCUACAAAUUUGCCAUCGGAUCGCUGCCGUUGUUUUACACUUAAAGAAGUCAAACUUGCUACGGAUGAAUUUAACGAAAACUGUGUCAUAGGCAACGGAGGGUUUGGCAAGGUAUACAAAGGGUAUAUUGACAACGCAAAAACCAUCGUAGCAAUCAAACGACUCAACCAAUCAUCCAGCCAAGGUGUUCAUGAGUUCCGAACAGAAAUCGCAAUGUUAUCGAAGCUACGUUAUCUCCAUCUGGUAACCCUAAUCGGAUACUGUGAUGACAAUGGAGAGAUGGUUCUCGUGUAUGAGUACAUGACUCAUGGUACUUUACGUGAACAUCUUUACAACACAAACAAUCCUCCUUUAUCAUGGAAAACACGUCUCCAUAUUUGCAUUGGUGCAGCCAAAGGGUUGCAUUAUCUUCACACAAGUGGAAAGCGGAUGAUAAUUCACAGGGAUGUUAAGUCUACAAACAUUUUACUGGAUGAAAAAUGGGUGGCUAAGGUGUCUGAUUUCGGUUUGUCGAAGCUUGGGUCGAAAGACCCUUCUCAAACACAUGUUAGCACGUUGGUGAAAGGUAGUAUUGGGUAUAUAGAUCCUGAAUAUUGCAAAACGAAACAUCUGACUGAUAAGUCUGAUGUGUACUCUUUUGGGGUGGUUUUGUUUGAAGUGUUGUGUGCAAGACCUGUUAUCCUUCAACACCUGAGUGGCGACCAAGUGAGUUUGGCGAGUUGGGGUAAGUCUUGUUAUAGAAGGGGAUCGCUGAAUGAAAUAAUUGAUCCGAAGCUAAAUGGUGAAAUUGCACACCGAAGCUUAAUGAAGUUCGGAGAGGUGGCAAAUGGUUGCUUGCAUGAGGAAGGGAGUGAACGACCCACUAUGGAGGAUGUUGUUUGGGGUCUAGAAUUUGCACUGAAGCUACAAGAGGCUGCUGAUGAGGCCAUGCCAGAAAAUUAAGAACUUCACGCCUUCUGAUGCAAAGAGAGUCGACUAAAAUUAAUGGUUUCCAUAAAUUUAGACACGUCCUGUUUUUCUCAUAUGAAGUAGAAUGUUUAUAACUAUCUGGUCAAUUCAAUAUAAUUAAAUUUAUACACAUCCUUUUGACUCGUGAAAUCAAGUAAGGGAUUAAAGACAUUGACUUUGUCAACUUCAUCCUAAAGCUUUAAAACUUUGUUUCUCUCGUUGAACCAUGCAGAAAGGCGCACGAACGCCAAUAAUAUGGUAAGCUCUGGUAGAAGGUCAAGCAUGUCAUACUAUUUUUCCAAAGCUAUGUAGUCCUAAAAGAUGAUCCCAAUAUCUGAUUAAAGAAAAAAAUUACAAUCAAUGAAGAGAUGCAAUGAGUAUAACUUAGUUUAGAUUUUGAAAAGAAGCUAGGGUUAGAUCGGAGUAUUUUAGAUUAUGUGAUUUGUCUUCAAAGUUAUUUCAGUGCAAUUAUUUUCUUUGUAAAUAAAUUAAUGUUAGAUAUUAGAAAUUAAGAUAAAUUCACUAA